AUGGCACGCACUAAGGAGUCGGACUGGGGCAGCUGGAGGCCCUGGAGACCCGCAGCAGAGAAGGGGAGCCCAGGGGGCCUGGAGCUGUCUUCACAGGCCUUUCAGCUGUCAGAUCCAACACUGGACACAGAUCCGACCACACCGAGGUCUGAUACGGACCCCUGUGGCACCCAAGAUGAGGUCCUGACAGCUGAACUGGCCAUUCUGGGCAAGGAGAAUCUGCUCUGCCGUGGGAGCCUUCGGGGCUUCCCCUGUGGAAGCGUGACCCCUCAGAUUUUCCAAGGUGGUCCAGCAGGUGCCGACCUCCAUCCUGGGGACACUGAGGACAUUAAAAUCGUGCCUGUCCUCGGGGAAAUGGUGGGACCUGAUAGUGUAAACGUGAAUGCUGUCAUCUCCUCAGAGAGCACUGGGGUGAACCUGUUGGACACAUCCACUAUCCACGGAGACUGGGGCUGGCUCACGUAUCCGGCUCAUGGGUGGGACUCCAUCAAUGAGGUGGACGAGUCCUUCCGGCCCAUCCACACGUACCAAGUGUGCAACGUCAUGAGUCCCAAUCAGAACAACUGGCUGCGUACAAGCUGGGUGCCCCGCGACGGCGCCCGGCGUGUCUACGCCGAGAUCAAGUUCACACUGCGUGACUGCAACAGCAUUCCCGGCGUGCUGGGUACCUGCAAGGAGACCUUCAACCUUCACUACCUGGAGUCUGACCGGGACCUGGGUGCCAGCACACAGGAGAGCCAGUUUCUCAAGAUCGACACCAUCGCGGCUGAUGAGAGCUUCACGGGCGCGGACCUGGGCGUGCGGAGGCUCAAGCUGAACACGGAGGUGCGUGGGGUGGGCCCACUCAGCAAGCGCGGCUUCUACUUGGCCUUCCAGGAUAUAGGUGCCUGCCUCGCCAUCCUCUCCCUCCGCAUCUACUACAAGAAGUGCCCUGCUAUGGUACGCAACCUGGCGGCCUUCUCAGAAGCAGUGACCGGGGCUGACUCUUCCUCGCUGGUAGAGGUGCGAGGGCAGUGUGUGCGGCACUCGGAGGAGCGUGACACACCCAAGAUGUACUGCAGUGCCGAGGGCGAGUGGCUGGUACCCAUCGGGAAGUGUGUGUGCAGUGCUGGCUAUGAGGAGCGGCGGGAUGCCUGUAUGGCCUGUGAGCUGGGCUUCUACAAAUCAGCCCCCGGAGACCAGCUGUGUGCCCGAUGCCCACCCCACAGCCAUUCUGCCACCCCUGCAGCCCAGACCUGCCGUUGUGACCUCAGCUACUACCGCGCGGCCUUGGACCCACCGUCGGCAGCCUGCACCCGGCCACCCUCAGCUCCAGUGAACCUGAUCUCCAGUGUGAAUGGAACAUCCGUGACCCUGGAGUGGGCCCCUCCCCUGGACCCAGGUGGCCGUAGUGACAUCACCUACAACGCAGUGUGCCGCCGCUGCCCCUGGGCCCUGAGCCACUGUGAGGCUUGUGGGAGUGGAACCCGCUUCGUCCCGCAGCAGACCAGCCUGGCACAGGCCAGCCUGCUGGUGGCCAACCUGCUGGCCCAUAUGAACUACUCCUUCUGGAUUGAGGCUGUCAACGGUGUGUCCAACCUGAGCCCCGAGCCCCGCAGUGCUGCCAUGGUCAACAUCACCACGAACCAGGCAGCCCCGUCCCAGGUGGUGGUGAUCCGGCAGGAGCGGGCGGGGCAGACCAGCGUGUCCCUGCUGUGGCAGGAGCCAGAGCAGCCCAACGGCAUCAUCCUGGAGUACGAGAUCAAGUACUACGAGAAGGAUAAGGAGAUGCAAAGCUACUCCACCCUCAAGGCCGUCACCACCCGCGCUACCGUGUCAGGCCUCAAACCGGGCACUCGCUAUGUGUUCCAGGUCCGAGCCCGCACCUCAGCUGGCUGUGGCCGCUUCAGCCAGGCUAUGGAGGUGGAGACCGGGAAACCCCGACCCCGCUAUGAUACCCGGACCAUUGUCUGGAUCUGCCUGACACUCAUCACGGGCCUGGUGGUGCUCCUCCUCCUUCUCAUCUGCAAGAAGAGGCACUGCGGCUACAGCAAGGCUUUCCAGGACUCGGAUGAGGAGAAGAUGCAUUACCAGAAUGGGCAGGCACCCCCACCUGUCUUCUUGCCCUUGAAUCACCCCCCGGGGAAGUUCCCAGAACCCCAAUUCUGUGCAGAGCCCCACACCUACGAGGAGCCAGGUCGAGCAGGCCGCAGCUUCACCCGAGAGAUCGAGGCAUCCAGGAUCCACAUCGAGAAGAUUAUAGGCUCGGGGGAGUCGGGAGAAGUGUGCUAUGGGCGGCUGCAGGUGCCGGGCCAGCGGGACAUGCCUGUGGCUAUCAAGGCCCUCAAAGCUGGCUACACCGAGAGACAGCGACAGGACUUCUUGAGCGAGGCAGCCAUCAUGGGCCAGUUUGACCACCCUAACAUCAUCCGCCUUGAGGGUGUCGUCACCCGCGGCCGCCUGGCAAUGAUCGUGACAGAGUACAUGGAGAAUGGCUCUCUGGAUGCCUUCCUCAGGACUCACGAUGGGCAGUUCACCAUCGUGCAGCUGGUGGGCAUGCUAAGAGGGGUGGGCGCUGGCAUGCGCUACCUCUCAGACCUGGGCUACAUCCACCGUGACCUGGCCGCCCGCAAUGUCCUGGUAGAUGGCCAUCUGGUUUGCAAGGUGUCAGACUUCGGGCUCUCGAGGGCUCUGGAGGAUGACCCUGAAGCCGCCUAUACCACUGCGGGAGGGAAGAUCCCUAUUCGAUGGACAGCGCCCGAGGCCAUUGCCUUCCGCACUUUCUCCUCAGCCAGCGAUGUGUGGAGCUUCGGCGUGGUCAUGUGGGAGGUGCUGGCCUAUGGUGAACGGCCCUAUUGGAACAUGACCAACCAGGAUGUCAUCAGCUCAGUGGAGGAGGGUUAUAGGCUGCCAGCACCCAUGGGCUGCCCACGCACCCUGCACCAACUUAUGCUGGACUGCUGGCAUAAGGACCGUGCCCAGCGGCCUCGCUUCUCUCAAGUCGUGAGCGUCCUCGAUGCUCUGAUCCACAGCCCUGAGAACCUUAGGGCCACGGCCACUGUCAGCAGGUGCCCACCCCCUGCCUUUGCCAGGAGCUGCUUCGACCUCCGAGGAGGUGGAAGUGGCAGUGGGGACCUCACUGUGGGGGACUGGUUGGACUCCAUCCGAAUGGGCCGGUACCGGGACCACUUUGCAGCCGGCGGGUACUCCUCCCUUGGCAUGGUGCUUCGCAUGAAUGCCCAGGAUGUGCGUGCCCUUGGCAUCACCCUCAUGGGCCACCAGAAGAAGAUCCUUGGAAGCAUCCAGACCAUGAGGGCCCAGCUAAGCAGCACUCAAGGGCCCCGCCGGCACCUCUGACUCCUGGCAGCCUGGCCCUGGUCGUACUAACUGUUAGGGGCUCUGCAGGGCCACCCAUGAAGUCGCAGUAGCCCCGGAGCUCUGCCGUAGAACCUACAGUUACAGCAGUCAGGCAUCCGGGACAAGGUUCUUGGUGCUCCAGGUGGAUAGAACACCUGCCCACUAGAGGCACAGGACCUGUGUCUUCUAGAGCCUGGGCCCUCCAACACCAGAAUCCAACAGCGAUGUCACUCCCCUACCUGCGUGUGCAUUCAUGCAUGUAGGGGGUAGUCAGAAAGGUCCUGGCAGAUGAUGGAAACAAUAUGUGAUCAUGUCUCUGUCCCCAGAUGUGUGCAGGUUACCACGUGUGUGCUUAUCCACUAGGGGAGGAGCCACAUGUGUGUGACCACAGAUAGCGCAUCAUAAAUGAGGAGGCAUGACAGUGUGAGCAAGGAAUCUGUUCUGACACUGUCCAGUUCCCAGUACCCAUGGGGACCAGGCAGAGGCCCACAUCCACUCCCCCCAGUGCCUGGAGGCUGGAGCCCAGGCUGCUUCCGAAUCACACCAGCACCAGGCCCACCGUCCAGCCUGGGUGAACCCACCAUGGCUAUAUCUCAGGUCCGGGCCUCCUUCCUAUAUGGGGGAGCCACCUGCAGCUUCUGCCUGGCUCCUCUUGCUGCUCAACAGGAAAACAGGGUUCCUGGCCAGUCCCUCUGGCCACCUUCCAUAGAGGGUCACAGCAGAGUGUGAGAUGCCCUCAGAGGGGCUUGGCUGCCUGGCCAAGCUCUUAGGCUGUGAUGCCUCUUCCCAACUUCUCACUGCCCAUCCCUGCCACCCCUGCCCAUGCUGGGAACAGGAGCAUGGGGCAAUUUCUAAGGCCCAAUCCCACCCCUUCCUAUACCAGAUAGGAAUGCCCAGAGAAGGGGAUGCCUUGUCUGAGGUCACAUGACAACCAAAUUCCAGAUCGGGCCCCCUUCCUCCCAGUCAUGGUCUGUUAGGAUGGGAGGGGCCUGGGAAGCCCGUCACCCACAGGCUGACCCACCCAUUACGGCCCACCAGGGUAUGUAAAUAUCUUUUUUUCUACCAUGUCAGGAUAUUUUUUUCCUCACUCCUGGCAAUGCAAAAAUGGUCUUCAAAGCACAUACAAAGCACCCCGGGUGAGAAAGCCCCACCCUGGGGGAGGCAGGGCCCAAGGAGCCCCAGCACAGAGCAAAGGCGGCCCCCUCCCCUUCCCAGCCCUGCCCACAGCCAGCACAGCACCCCGCGAGACACCAGCACUGAGCCCCUUCCCUCCUGCAAUAAUUCAGGGGCCUCAGCCCCACCCAGGUGCCGCGGCCAGCUCCUGCGCUUCUAUAUAUUAUAGUACUAUGUAGCCGAGCUGCCCUUCCUUCCUAUGGAAGUGGGAAACAUGGUCAGGACACGAGGUGGGGGGACACCCAGUCUUCCACCCCACCCCACUCACCCAGUGUCUGGGCUUGGGAUCCUCAGGCAAGGCCUCUGAGGUGGGUCCCCCUGGGGGCUCCUGGGGCCUCUCUGUGGCUCCCAUUCUGUCUGGA